UUGACCCCAUGCAGUAUCGAAUCUGUAAAUGCAGAGCAAAGCCCAGUUGCAGAAGUAAACCUGCAUGGUAUGCCUUUAAAGCACAAUAAUUUCUUCUCAAGCACAAUAAUGAAUGCUACGCUGUAAGUUGACGGUGGCUGGAAAGUGAAAAACUAACAAGCUAACAAGUCAAGACCAAUCCACUACAGUCAGCCCAGUAGGCAGUAGCUGUAGUCCCUCCCCGGCUCACAGUGAGCACAGGGAGUCUGGGCUGCUAAAUGCUCCAGCCUCAGAGGGACGAUGGUGGAGGGCUGGUAAAGAUGGCGGCGCUCUCCGAGGAUGGGAGGUACGGAUUAAAUUGUGGCCAACAGAGCGCAGACAGAGUCACCGUAUUGCACGUCAAAUUGACCGAGACAGCACUGAGAGCGAUAGAGAGCUACCAGAAUUGUAUGAAUGUACCUUCUUUGCGGCCAACAAUACAAUUCAAGGGACUCCAAGGGCGCAUUAAAAUUCCCAAGACCAAUUCUUCAUCAGACACCUUCAACAGUUUUGAUUUCUACCUGUCUAAUGUGGGCAAGGACAACCCUCAGGGAAGCUUUGAGUGUAUCCAUCAGUAUGUGUCGAGCUCAGGGGCCUCACAUCUGGCAUUGUUGGCGACGGUACAGGACAAGGUCACAGUGUGCGCCACUAAUGACUCCUACCAGGUGACACGGGAACGCAUGACCCAGGCCGUUGAGGACACACGUGAACGUGGGACCAAAGUUAUCAAGCCUGGGGGCCAGUACAGAGGAAAGCAAGUCCAUGUCCGUAAGCCUGCGCUAUCAACCCCAGAGGUGGUCCCAGAGCGCAAGCGCUCUACACCCAUUAACCCAGCCAACACUAUUCGUAAGUGCCUUUCCAAUAACCCUGUGUCCCAGCGACCGUUCCGGGACCGGAUCAUACACCUGCUGGCGCUGAGGUCCUACAAGAAGCUAGAAGUGCUUGCCCGUUUGCAGAGGGACGGUAUCAACCAGAAAGACCGAAACUCAUUGGGGACUGCCUUGCAACAGGUAGCAAACCUGAAUCCCAAAGACAACACGUACUCAUUGAAGGACUUUAUUUAUCGUGAUGUCCAGCGAGACUGGCCGGGCUACUCUGAAGAUGAGAAGUCCCAGGUUGACCGGAUAUUGGCUCGCAAAUUAGGUCUUCCUACUGAGACACUCUCAACAAGCAGUUCUCCCAAAGACAGUGUCCCCACAUCUCCCCAGAAGCGCCAGCCAGACUUUGACUUCAUCGAUCCUUUGGCGCCCAAGAAAGCCCGCAUUUCGCACCUCAACAAUCGAGGGCCAGCCGCAUCUUCAUCCUCCUCGUCCUCUGACCGCCAUGAGGACGAGGGCAGCCCCAGCUCUAAACGCUCGUCCCUACCCUCCAGCGUCACCUCGGGCCCUCCCACCCAUCUCCCCAUUUCUUCCCACCCUCCUGCACCCUCUCACCAGCAGCCCAGCCCAGCCUCCAACUCCAACUCACCCAGCACCCCAGAGGGCUGUGGCACCCAAGACCUGCCCAUGGACCAGAGUUCCUCCUGCAGAGACCCUUCACCCAGCCCUUUCUCCUCUGAUAGGACACUGCAGGACCACUUUCGGCACCCAGUCCCAGUUCCCAGACCAGCCUCCUCUCCGAGCCCUCCUCUUCGCACCUCACUCACAGUAACCUCCACUGUCAUCACCAGCCCUCCUUUGUCCAGCAGUACCAAUAAGAAGGUCAAAAAGAAAUCCAAGAAGCACAAAGACAAGGAUCGUGAGAAGGAGAAAGGGAAACAGACUGAAAGAGGCAGCAGCAGUCCUCCCAGUGUGGCAGAGCGGGCUGAGGAGAGUCGUAAAGCUAAAAAGAGGCGCAGUGCUGAGGAAGAGAAGAGAGAAGUUAUUGACAAAAAUCCACACAAAGAUCAAGACACUUCAGACAAAGAGAAGCCGGUCCAGUCCACUGAAUUCUCCUCCACGAUUGAGAUACCUGACUAUGUAGUGAAGUACACGCCGUUGGUGUCCAUGGACCAGCGACAAACCUACAAGGAUGACUUUAAUGCAGAGUAUGAUGAGUACCGCCUGCUGCACGCCCGUGUGGAGAGCAUCACCCGCCGCUUUACCCAGCUGGAUGCCCAGUGCCGGAAGCUGGCACCUGGCACCAAAGAGUACCAGAAAGUGCAAGAAGAAGUCUUGAAAGAGUACAAAAAGAUGAAACAACACAGCCCCAACUACAAUGAGGAGAAACAGCGCUGUGAGUACCUGCACAACAAGUUGGCCCACAUCAAGCGGCUAAUAGCUGAUUUUGACCAGCGAAGAGCCCAGGCCUGGUGCUGAGAGCACAGCACACAGCAUCUUCAGUAAUCAGUAUUCAGAACGGAGUGUCGAACCAGGAGGGGGUGUCCAACUGGGUCUUAUUUAUUAACACCCCUUCAGUUACUGCCUCCACAACAGCCCCCCCCCCCCCUUUUCUUUCUCCCUUCAUCCUUCUUCAUUCCUUCCUUCCUUUUCCAAUUGUUGAUUCCACAGGCUUCACUGUUGCCUGAAAUCUUGAAGAUCUCACUUUGACUUUUACCCCCAUCUUUCGCUUUCUCAAUGAGCUCCCUUGGAAUUUCAUACCACUGGACCAGUGGAAAGGAGCUGCCUGCAUGUGUGAAGGGGUUUGGGAAAAACUUCAACUCUUCUAACUUUUGAAGGACUUAUCUUGAGGCAAAAAAAAGAACAAAAAAAAUUAUUUUUGAGCAUCAGAAAAUAUUAACAUGUAUUUAAGUAAAAAAAAAAAGAAAAAGAGGGAGAUCUAUUUAUUUUGGGACUCGUAGUGCAAAAGGAGAGUCCGCAGAUGAUAUAUUGUUUAACUUUUCUUGAAAACAAUGCAAAAAAAAAAAAUUACAGCGGCCUUAUGUGUUUUGACUUUGUGAAGCCAUUUUGCACGCAAAAUUCAUUAUGUCAUCUCAUUUGGCAAAGAUGUCUCUCCUGGCUCAUUUCCUCUCGUCACACAAAACUGUACUGGAUAACACUGCUUCAACAAAUUGCUGUCAUUGCUGAGUUUGAGGCUGAAGAGGAAGGAAAUGAGACAGGCAGAAGAAAUCACUUGAGCUGUCUGAGAAGCAACAACAUUAUGUGUGCAUGGAUUGUAAAUUUAGUCCUAAUGACCACAUGGGGUGGUGAGGGUGGGGUGAAUUAAUGGAGUAUGAUCCCUGCCGGUGGGGGGGGGGUGGGGGGGCGCGUAUUCCCUGCACCUACGGUGUUUAAUGUUCACAGUGCAUUAUGGGUGCCUUAAGGUGUUUACACUUGGAAACGUCGAGUUGGGCCGACCUUUAGGGGCUGCAGGCUACACAAAGGAACUACAACUGCCUGUAAACAGGUUGUGUGUGUGUGAGUGAGAGAGUGAGUGAGAGAGAGAGAGAGUGAAUGUCUGAGCAGUGGGGGAAGGAAGGGAUGCUUAGUCCGGAGGGAGUAUUACACAUUGUAUGAGAGUGUGUUUGUGUGUGUGUGUAUGGUUGUGCAUUAUGUGGAGUGACAGGUGAAAGGAAAAAAAUGGGGGGGGGGGGUGAUAAAUAUGAAAAACAACAAAAAAAAGCUGCUAUAGUGUUUGACCAGCCAGAGCACUCAGGAUCAACCUGGCUGGAGUAACAGUACCUGAUCUUAAUUGAAGAGAUGUAGAAGAUCCUUAUUUUCCAGGAUGGUUCAUCUAAACCCUGGAAAUGACUGCGCCCACCUCUUCAGCUUUGUCCUGCGGCAAACAGUCUGUGUUUCUGUUUUAGAAAGAAGCAAAAACGAGUCAUCCACCAGAGGACUAAUCUGUAUUACAAUGUUAAAUGUAUUUGACUCUCAGUUUGAGUUCUACAAACCAGUGAAAGAUUUGAGUAACUUUUUUUUCUUUUCUUUUUUUCCAACAUUGAUACCGUUUAGUUUGAUGGAUGGAUGAAUGGCUUCUAUAUAUUUCAACAAGGGAAAAAUUGUUUACAAACCUGUGUUAGAUUGUUUGCCAAAAAUUAAAGACUUUGCUGGUACAGCAUCCACGGAGUAAAAUUUCUGACCUGGGCUUAAUUUUAGGAGACUGUAAUACUGGAAUAUGCGUAUCAUUCACUGAAAAAAAGAAAACACCUUUACAUUUGGGGAUGUGAAAAGGAACUUAGUCACUGUGCCCCUAGAAAUAUCAACAAUUGAAGGGUGUUGAUUCCACUUUUAGUCUAGUAUGACAUAUAUCCAGCUAGUGUGGACAUGUAAGAAUCUGUCCUUUUUAUUGGAAAAAAUGUGGCACCCCCCCCCCCCAAAAUGGAGUUCUAUUUUAAUUUUGGCCAGGUCUAUUUAACAUAUAUUUUGGUCGUGGCAUUCUGUCAAAUAGUCAGUCUCUGCAGUAGACUGGCUGUUUUGGUCAGCUGCCAGGAUCAGUUUAACAUAAUCACGAACUCGGUGCAACAAGCUUGGCACCGCUCAUGUUAUUUUGGACAAAAGAUCAGCACUUGUAUCUUGGGGGUGUCACAACUGCAAAUUAAAAAAUGUCCAAGAGUUGAGGCUCUACUCGAGAUUUAAGCUUGCUGUGGCUGUGUGGUACAGGGUCAGUGUUUUGGCUUAGUCGUCCUGUUUUCCCUUGCAAGGGUCAUUUUCCAGAAUUUAGGGUCACAAAGGGCCACUCUGACAAAUUUAUGUUGGAGGCCUUCAAAGUCUUGUCCGUCACCUGUGUCAUCCUCUCAGCCUUCCAAAGAUUUCUGUCACUAGUGAAAGCAACUUUACUGAAAUAGGGUUUGAACAAGAUGAAUAAGCCUAACGUAACUCAUCAUAGUGGAAGGUGUGUGAGAAGAGGGUUGAUAGAGUCUUAAUGAGGAAGUGAUAAAGUAAAAAAUGCCCUGUCAGUGUUUUGACAUGAGAAACCACUGAAAAUCAAAUGAAUACUGAGUGAAAUCUGAUCCUUCCCAGCUGAAAAUGUACAAGACAUUUCAAUUAAAAAAAAUCACAAGUUUUACCUGGAAAA